AUGGAACUUAACGACCUGUACCGCACUCCAACCUAUCUCUCCCAGUUGUGCUUUGCAACGGUUCCCCAUGUUGCAGCCCGAAGACAAGAAUUGUCAGCCGAUCAGGGCGAAAUGUUUGAGUUUAAACUAUUCCUGAAUUCGAAUGUGGCUCUAUCCAAAAAUGUUAGAUCGGGAACGAUUGAUUUGAAGAAUGACAUCGAGCUCCUGAAUGACUCCCUGCCCAACUGGUGGCAAGUUCGUAAUCACCGGGGUCAAGCUGGCUUAUUACCUGCUUGGAAGCUACGACCGGUUCAGUUGACACCGGAUCUAAUUGACCUACGUCUGCCCGGAACAAUUCGUCCCAGUUCUUCCAAAUACGGGACACUCACUUCUCCGGAUCGUCGCUAUCGCGAGUCGAUGGCGAGCAUGUUUUCUUAUCGCGACCGAGGGCGUCCCCAAUCCUUCGGUCCAAUGAAUCGAAUUAGUGUACAUGAUCUGGAUUCCGAAGCCGUGAACGAUGUCCAACCGGUAGUUGUCUAUGUGCCGACGGAAUCACUGGAAGAGAACAAACCAAUGCCCGUACUUCUCCUACCCUUCUGCAAUCGACCACACUCACGCACCUCCACUCUUCCAUUAUCACCCCGAUCCAUGCAUACUAACGAGCCAUCGCAUUAUGCCGAAUCAGUGUUUGGUCCGGCUGCAUCCACCCUAUCGCGAGAUCAUCUGUUCUGCUGGCAUCCUCACGUUGCGAACGCCUACAAACCGACAAUCAUGUUAGACAGAAAAAGCUCUUUUAUUGCCGGAAAAGUGUGA